AUGAAAUUUGCAGAUGGUUUAGAUCCAUAUAUACUAAGACAAGAGUUAUUGAAAAACCUUUUCUGUCCAAUAGUUUCACUUCAAUCAACUAUUCAUGUGGAUCAAUUCUUCCAAUCAUUAAUUAAUGAUCAAAAUCAAUCUUUAUCAACAUUACAAAUUUUUAAACCCUACGGUGAUAAUGUUAAGUAUUCAAUACCGAAUCAACAAUUUAAAAUCACAACUACUCAAUUAAUAACCAAAUCUUAUUCAAGUUUUCCAAUUAGAUUUGAAGCACCGAUUACAGAAUUAAUAUUCAUGGGGAAUGCACAAGUUAAAGAUUCAAUUAAACAAUUAUUUAGCAUUAGUUCAUUAGAUCAUUAUUUAAAACAAUUGAAAGACGGAGAAAAUGAUUUAUAUCUAAUAUUAUUCGAUAAAAUAAUUACUCUGAAUUAUAUACUUGCAUUUGAUACUUUUAAUCAUCCAAUUGCACAAAUAUUCAUAAUUGAUAAAAAUAAAGAUUCAAUUGAAGAUUUAAGAAAAAUGAUUGUUGAAUUUAGAAAUUUUAAUCACUUCCCAAAAUAUUUUCAAAUUGAUGAUUUAAUGAUUCAUGUAUUCAUUUUAAGUACAGAUGGUGAUGAUAAUUUAUUUGAAUUUCAAAAUGAGAUAAAAUUGAAAUUGAAUGUGAAUUCUACAAUAUUACCUAUUAUUUUUAGAAAUGAUGAUUUAUUAGAGGUUACUAUUGAAAAUUCAACAUUAGAAUCUGAUGUACAACGUAUGAGCAUGCAUAACUGUCUGAAGUCGUUCAAAAUUUCAAAUACAAUAGAUCAGAUACUAAGAAUCAAGAUCAAUGAGUUUGUACUUAAAUGGUUAUUACCACAUAUGCAACAACAGAUACGAAUAUGGGAUGAUCAAAUAUUACAACCUAAAAAAUCAAUAACUAAUAAAUUUUUAAAUUUUAAAAAAAUUUUUAAUAAUGAUACUACCACCCAAAUUACAAAUGAAUUCAAUCAUGUUGAAAAUUAUUAUUAUAAAUCAAGUUCACAACAAAUACUUCGUAAAUUAGCAGAUUGGUCAUUAAUUCUACGAGAUUUUAAAUAUUCAUAUUCGAUUUAUGAUUUAAUAAAGAAAGAUUAUUCUUCAGAUAAAGCAUGGAUUUAUGUUUCUUCAACUCAAGAAAUGUGUAUAAUUUCAUUAUUAUUAGCUCAAACUCAACAAUUACAAAAUUUACAAACACCGGAUAAGAAUACAUUACGCAAAAUUAGACAUGAUAUAACUGAACCAUAUAUGGAUAAUUUAUCAUAUACAUAUAAAUCAAGAUUCAAUCUAAAGACAUUUAAUUUAAGAAGUUUAAUUAUAGUUAGUGAGUUAUUAUUAUGUAUGUCAGCACAAUUUAAAAUAUCAAAUUGGUGGAAUGAUUUAAUUGAAAAAUAUUUAAUAAAUUUGAAAAAUGAAUUUGAUGUACAUUUGGGAAAAGAUUCAAUUGUGAAGGCCAUAUUAUUGGAAAGAUUAGGUUAUAAUACUGGUAAAUAUAUGUCAAUAUCUACAACUUUGAAAAUUGAAAAUGAUGAAAAAAUGGAAGAAAUUGAAGAGGGAAUGUAUAUAAAUCAUGAUAAAUUAGAACCUACUUCAAAAUCAAUAGGAAUGACUAAAUUUAGAAAAUCUUCUUUAUAUUAUUUACUUUCAAGUUUACAAUGGGAGAAAUUAAAUAAACCAAUUGAAAUUGAAAAAUUAAAAAACAAUAUUAUAUAUCAAGAUACUUAUUUAAAAGACAAUUUAUUGAUUAAUAAAUUAUAUAGUAAUUAA